AAUAAUUAUAAUUAAAUAAUGUAUUAAUGUAUAUUUCAAUUCUUACCGAUCGCGAUGACAAUAAAUAUUAAAAGAAAGUUUGUAUGACUCGACUGCUGGGCUUAGUUUAAAAUCAAAAAAGUGUAUACCUGUAAUCUAUACCAAAAUUUGGCUGUCCAGUCAUGACUAACAAAAUUUCUACUAAUAAUUAAAAAUUGGUUUCGUCUUUAUUGUAUAAACUUAUUAUCAUGUCCGUCUGUUUUCCAAAAGAUCUCUUUGUGUACUUUUCCAAAGAGUCAUAAAAUGUACAUAAAAGUACUAAAAAGCAAAUAACAAUACUCUCUUAGCGCGAGUUCAAAUCACGCAUAAGAAAAGCAUUUAGGUCCUCCAUAAUUGCGUUGGUCUAGGUUUGAAUGUGUAAUACCACUUAACUUAAAGGUAUUCACCGCUCCCAUGGACACAAAAACUCCACUCCUUAUUACGGAAGUAUUUUUUAUUCAGAAAUGAAAGAAAAUAAAAACAAGAAAAGUUUAUUGUUAUCCGUAGGUUUUCCUUUAUUAUUUUAAUGGAUAAGAUAACGACUGUGUUAAUGAAGUAUAUAUUUGGAAUGUGCUUUUAUACUUUCACAGUUAAGAUCGUGACAUAACUACCCCGAUUUUGAGCAGCGAUGUCGCCAGUGGUAAUAGAAAAAUUAGAACUGGAUCCAGCGACUCUGGGCGAGGGUCCACACUGGCAUAGCGAGGAAGGUGUGUUAUACAUGGUGGAUAUUGAAAACUAUACAAUUAUUAAGUAUGACAGGACAACGCGCAAACACAUCAAGGCCAAGUUAGAGGAGAAGCCACAUUUUAUUCUACCUAUUGAGGGAAAGAAGGACCAUUUCUUGGUGACUCAAGGCCGCAAAGUGGUGGAGAUCGAAUGGACUGCAGACGAGAACCCUCCCAAGAUCCUGAGAACUGUCACAGAAGUAGAUAAGGAAUACCCGAAAAACGUACUCAACGAUGGAAAAGCGGAUCCCCUGGGAAGAUUGUUUACCGGGUGUUUAAGUGAAGAAACCACCCCAGGCAGUAAAAAAACCGGCUCCCUGUACCGCAUCGACAGUGACGGUACCACCACCAAGCUGGCCACUGACAUCGUCGCUUCCAACGGACUCUGUUGGGACCUCAAGGAAAAAGCAUUUUAUUAUAUCGACUCACUGUCAAGUGCAAUCCAAGGAUACGAUUACGAUGUGGAAACUGGCAACAUCUCGAACCCGAGAAUUGCGUUUUCUCUGAUAGACAAUGGACUGAAGGGCUAUCCUGAUGGCAUGACUAUUGAUACCGACGGAAACCUGUGGGUCGCUGUCUUCGGGGGAUCAAAUGUUUUAAAAAUAGAUCCCAGAAAGAAGAAACUUCUGGAAACUAUCGAUAUGCCGGUUCCACAAGUGACGUCAGUGACUUUCGGAGGACCAAACCUUGACAUGCUGUAUGUAACUACUGCUUGUUUAGACUUUAAUGGCAAGCCGGAUCCCCCUUCGGGAACUACUUACGCCGUCACCGGGAUCUCCGCCAGGGGGCACCCGAAUCUGAAAGUCAGGCUAGAUUAUAAUUAGACGCAUUCUGACGUAGCAUUAAAAGCAAUUUUGGUAGAUUAAAUAUGUGAUUUUGACAUGCUGUGACUAAUAAAUACUUUGUUUUUAAUCUUGUAUGUAUGUUUAAAUAAUUACCAACUUGAUUCUUUGUGUAUUUACAUUAACCGACUCGUUUAAAAGCAUCCAAAGAUUUGCCGUUAAAUUCUAAGAUUAACAAAAAUUUAGUAUAUAAAAUAUCGAUUUACCGAGUUUUUUACUUUAAACAUUUAUACUUAGUAGCCAGUGAAUUUUGGUAAAUGUACGUGUAAUGACACGAGGAUUAAAUUUCUUAAUGUAAAAAAGGUUUUAUUUAGAUAGGCUUUUCGGCCUGGAUGAAAAACUUAUGACUUGGAUAUGUCGGACUCACACCGAAUAAAGACUAACAAUACCCCGGGUCCCUUUAACUGCGUAAAGCAGAGAAACGGGAUCGCUAGCGCAUGCUCAGUGCGACUCUGGCUGGCCAUUGUCCAGUUGAACUUCUUCUCGAAAGGUUUAUUUAAAAAGCUAAACCCUCA